ACACAGAUAUAAACUCAGCAUACAUUGAUGGUAUUAGUCUAACACAUGGUAACCCAAGGAAACAUAUCUGGUCAUUGAUUAGUGGAUAUUCAGGUAUUGCUUUUAGUGGCUGUCCUUGUGGUAGUAACAAUCCAAAAUCUGUUCCAUCAUUUGUUGGUUCUCACUAUUAUUGUGAAGCUGGUUGUCACAAUAACUGGGGAUCUUGUAAUACAUUAUAUCCUUCUGAUCCAUUAUGGGAUGGUAAAGGUUGUGGUAGUACUGAAACCACUUGUUGUCAGCGUACUCUUAUUCCUUGGUUCUAUAGAUCUUUUGGUUAUUCUACUACUGAUAAUAUUGAGAUGAGGUUAUGCUGUGAUGAAGGCACAAAUAAUGAAGAUGUUGCCAUUAGGGAAUAUGAAAUUUAUGUCAAGUGAAGAUUGAUAAAACAGCACAUGUAAUUGUUGACACUUUUUGGUUUGAUUUAUUGGACAUAUUUGAUAACUUUUUAGAGCUAUUAUGCUUGAGUGAUUUAGUUUAUAGAAAUAAAAAGUGAUCAAUUACUUUUUUGAAAGCAAGAAAUGAGUACUGCACUUCAGUGUGAGUGACCUGCUCAAUGAGAGAGGACUAGUCUAUGGUUUUAAGCUUGACCUUUUUAUGGGAAGAUAUGAAUUAUCAAUUAUACUUAUCUUAUAAGGAGGAAUUGUUUAUAAAAGGAAAGACAAAGGUUUUUAGCAUACAUACCUGCAUUAUAAAAGGCUUUACAUUAUGACAAAAGUUUCAUUCAUUGAAGUGAAGAUGUAUUCAUAUUAUUCUAUUCUACUGGUUCUUUGUAUGACCUCUUAUUCAUUAUCUGCCAGUAGUACACUUGAUGGUACUUGUGUUAAUCCUACUACUUUGUCUUUCAUUGAGAAUUCACUGACUAAUAUCAGUGAUCAGCUUAAAGGAUCAUCUAAUGGAGUGAGUGAGAGUCUCUCUAGUGUCACUAGUCUCUUUCAACUCUCCUUCCUUAAAGAAUUGAUUGGAUCUUACAAAGAGAAGUCAUCCAAUAGUAGUAAUGAAGAAGGAUUGGCCAUUCUGAAAAGAAUGGAACUAAUAUUGAACACAUCCACUGCUGACAUCACUUCUAAACUAGAGGACACCAAUGCUAGACUGAGUGCCAUUGAACAACAGCAACAAGAUAUUCCUUCAGCCAUUAGUUCACUGCAAUCACAAGUGUCUUCUCUCUCAUCUGAUCUUAACAAGUUGUCUCGAUUGUUAGCAAAACAUGUUAAUGUGAGUUUAGAUGAUGAAGAAGAGGCUCCUUCAUCUCCUCUCCUCUCCUCAUGUGAUGCUAUCCUCAGUAAGUGGCCUAACAGUCCUUCAGGUUAUUAUAAUCUAGCUGAUGUUAAUGGACAUAGUCGUCAUGUAUACUGUCACAUGGAGACUCUGUGUGGUAAAGGAGGAGGCUGGAGAAGAAUAGCUAGUCUGAAUAUGACUGAUCCUAAUGAGAAAUGUCCUACUCAGUUUAGAACUUAUGGAGUUGGUGCUUGUGGUAGACCAGUGACUAAUAGUGGUAGCUGUGUUGGUAUAACAUUUCCAUCAAGAGAUAUAAAGUAUUCACAAGUAUGUGGUAAAGUCAUUGGAUAUCAGGUUGGAAGAACAAAUGGUGCAGCUGCUCGUCAUGCUAGCAAGGAUAUUAACUCAGCAUACAUUGAUGGUAUUAGUCUAACACAUGGUAACCCAAGGAAACAUAUCUGGACAUUGAUUAGUGGACAUACAGGUACUGCUGCCAGUGAUUGUCCUUGUGCUAGUCAUACACCUUAUCCAGUUCCAUCAUUUGUUGGUUCUCACUAUUAUUGUGAAGCUGGUUGUCACAAUACACGUGCAUCUAAAACUACAUUAUAUUCUUCUGAUCCAUUAUGGGAUGGUAAUGGUUGUGGUAGUAGUGAGACCACUUGUUGUCAGCGUACUCUUAUUCCUUGGUUCUAUAGAUCCUUUGGUUAUUCUACUACUGAUAAUAUUGAGAUGAGGUUAUGCUGUGAUGAAGGCACCAGUAAUGAAGAUGUUGCCAUGAGAGAAUAUGAAAUUUAUAUAAAGUGAAUCAACAAUUUAUGUACAUUUGCUACAUUUUAAUUAUUGGACACAUUUUUAGUUAAGUUUUUAGAGCUAAGUUUGUUUAGUUUUUUGAUAAUUUAAAAGUAA